GCGUGCAAAUGCCGGGAGCCAGGCUCCGAGCAGCGGGCCCCCCGCAGACGGGGGGACCUAGGGGCCCGGAGCGGCCGCAGGGGCGGCGGCAGCAGCUGCUGGGGAAGCAGCCGGCGCCGAGGCCCAGGCCGCGCAGCCAAGAAAAGAAGAAAGUGAAUUGCAAGCCCAAGAACCAGGAUGAACAGGAAAUCCCUUUCCGCCUCCGGGAGAUCAUGAGGAGCCGCCAGGAGAUGAAAAACGCCGUUAGUAACAAGAAGAGGAAGAAAGAGGCCCAGGCGGUCUUCAGAAGGACGCUGGAGAAGGAGGCCAGGGGAGUGGGGCCAGACAUCCCCGUCCCCAAGUUCAAGCGGAGGAAGUGGGAGUCUGACGCGGUCUACAUCCAGCGCAUGGAGCAGGAGGCCCAGCACGUGCUGUUCCUCAGCAAAAACCAGGCCGACCAGCAGCCCGAGGCGGAGGUGGCUCCCAAGAAGAAGUCGGAGGGGAAGAAAGCGUUCCAGAAGCGGCGGCGGGACAGAGUCCGGAGGAAGAGGGAGGAAAAGGCCGAGGAGAGGCUGGAGCAGGAGCUGCUCCGAGACACGGUGAAGUUUGGUGAGGUCGCCCUGCAGCCCCCCGAGCUGACCGCCCAGCCCAGGAAGAGCGGGAGCGCAGGCCAGCCUGGCAAGAAGUCGCUGAUGCUGGCGAAGCUUCUGGGCCCCGGCGGUGUGGCCCGGCCUCCGCCCGCCUCCAUGGCCCGGCAGCGGAUUGUGGCGGAGGAGAGAGCGCGGGCGGUGCAGGCCUACCGGGCGGUGAAGGCGCAGCGGCAGGCGCAGGGGCCUCCGUCAGCCCACCUCCCGCCCAGGAAGAAGCCAGAGACCCGCCUUUGAGAGACGAGGGUUCCCGCACCGGGUGGGGCGAAGGGCAGGGGGUCCCCAGAUCUGAGUCCUUUCCCUGGCACACCCCGGACACAGCCUGGAGCACCGGCUCAGAGUUCGGGAAAAGGCCCCAGUCUCUCAAGCAAGACCAUCCGCCAGGCCCGGGCCAGGACAUCACCUGUGCCCAGCCCCCAGGGCAGGGCCAGCGCCUGCGCCUGCGCCUGGCUAUCAGCCCCUCACACCUGUCCCCGAGCCCAGCAUCGCCCUCAGCUGUUCUCACACACAGGCCCAUCCCGAUCCCAUCCCUAAUUGCCAGUUGAUUGUAGAAGCUGUGACUCUGGCGAACGGAAUCCCUCACAGGCUCCAGAUCACGGGAGCAGCAGUGCGGGGAGGGUGGGGGCAGGACCCACAGGGGUGGUCGGCACCUACAACACCGGCUCCCAGUGCCAGUUAAGUCCCCGCAGAGGCAGCUGGAGUCGGUGCAUGCCUUAGUCCUGAUGUGUAGACCGAUGACCGCACCACAGUGGGGCGGUCCUUGGGGAGAGCUGUGGCACAGGAAGCAUUUCUCACGGGCGGUCCUUGGAGGGCUGCCUGGCAGUUCAGUCCUCCAAACAAGACCUGGUGCUUGACACUGACCCGACGGGGUUCCCAGCCCUCGGUGCAGGUGCCCCCUCCCUGCCCGUCUGUCCGGCCGGGACCAGGUCCCUCACGGGGUGUGGCGCUGGGACCAUCUGGGUUCUAGGAAUGUUCACUGAUGCUGAGAUGUCAUUGUUUCUAGACCGUUUUUUGCAGACAGGCCUUAGGAGUAUAAUUUUUUAAAACGUGUUUAUGUAACUACAGUUCUCAAUUUGUAUUGAGAUUAGCUAUUAAAUUUUAAUAUUUUA